ACGGAUCUUGAACAUCUCCGCUGCUGACACGUCAUUCUGAUCACAUGACACAUGUCUAGUAGUAACAUAUUCAUCCGUUUGUAUUAACACCAAAUCUACAUGCACGGAGGUUCAGUUUCAACGAAAGAUGUCGAAGAAGACAGUGAUAAUUACAGGAUGCUCGUCUGGCAUAGGCCUUGCCACGGCUGUUAAGUUGGCCAGUGACCAGGCCAGAUAUAAGGUGUACGCCACAAUGCGAAACCUCGCAAAAAGCAGUGAGCUUAAAGAGAAAGGCGGAGAGCUACUGAACAAAACUAUGUUUCUACGGGAGCUGGACGUCACAGACCAGUCGACAAUCGACGCAGUUGUUAAAGAAGUUAUUCAGGUGGACAAGAAGAUAGACGUAGUCGUGAACAAUGCUGGUAUUGGUAAUUUUGCAAUUUUGGAAAGAGUGAAUAUGGACACUAUUCGGAGGGUGUUUGAAACGAAUUUCUUAGGUACGGUUCGAGUUACUCGGGCCGUCCUCCCGUACAUGAAGAAACAGGCAAGUGGUAGUAUCAUCAAUUUAAGCAGCCAAGCAGGAUUUUUAGGUUAUCCGUUUAAUGACGCUUACUGUGCUUCGAAAUUUGCAAUUGAAGGCUUCAGCGAAUCCUUAGCACCAGCACUAAAACUUCAUAACAUUCAUAUGUGUCUGAUAGAGCCCGGUUUCGUUUCUACUAACUUCGUAGCGAGCGCAAUGGCGCUGAAUACCGUUAACGGCAAGACGGAGGAUGACGACGUAACUGAUGACGUUUCACAACAACAGUUCGAUACGUUUUUUAACAAUGUAUUCAAAGAAACUAGCCAGAUUUCGGAAAGUGCAGAAGAGGUAGCAGAUGUUAUUAAAGAUGUGCUGGCCAAAGAUGAGAAGCAUUUACGAUAUCAGACAAGUGAAUAUACAAGGAAAGCCGCGGAGGCUAAAAUGACAGAUACAACUGGGGACGAGACUGUGUCAGCUAUGAUGAAAUAUUUUAAUCAGUAAAUUAUGCUGUCGAAAUUGAUCUCGUUUAUUUAUAUAAUAUUAUGGUACUUGUCAUUAUAUUAUCAUUAUUAUUUAAAUUAUUUUAUUGAUUAAUAAUACUAUUUGUAAUAUUCUUGUUGAUGUUGCUAGAGUCGUUGUAGUUGAUUCCUUGAAUUUAUCAUGAAUACUUGAUGUAUGUAUGUAGGCUAGGCCUAUGUGUAGUAUUAUUACAUAUUUAAACAUGUCUUAUUUUAAUAAUGUAAUUAUAAUCUUUGUAUACGACUUGUAAAUUUAAUAUUUAUAUCUUCCAAUUUACUGCUUUCAUUAACUUAUGUGUAUUUUUACGUAAAUAAUAGGCCUAUAUAAUAAUAAUAAUAAUAAUAAUUAUUAUUAUUGUUAUUGUUGUUGUUUUUAUUAUUAUCAUAAUCAUCAUCAUCAUUAUUAUUAACGUGGUAUAGCCAGAGUAAAA